CCACGAGAUUUGACACUUUCUGUUUCGUUUUGGUUCCCGUUGCACCUAAAACAAUGGCUAAGAAUACACUACCACUGCUAGUUGUAACUGUCUUUCAAUUUGUGUCUUUUUCAACGGGAAAAGACGAUGAGUGGGUUGACUACACGGACAUGCUCAGAUAUGAUUCGGUAAAGCAAAGUAUGACAGGACAGGAUGAUCCUUGUGCCAAGUGCUACAAAAUGCAUGGAUUAUGGGCACCCCUGCUGAUUUUAAAACAUGCUCCGCCUGAGGACCUUGUAAAGCUCGGUCUCACCAUAUUGUUUAUUGUUUUGGUGCCUAUAGUCCUUGGAGCCCUACUCCGGAGAUGGGGAAGCCAGAGCCCCCACCCCUUACCACCUGUAGCCGCUCCGCAGCAGAUGACCCAGAAUGCCGAUGACAGCGAGGAGGACAGCGAAGGAGAGGAUGACAAUAAAGAGGCACCUGUGCACGGCGAUCAAAUUCAACAUCAACAACAGAUCAGGGAUAAUCCGACGGAGGCAACAGGGCACCCUGAGCAGAUGACCCAGGAUGACGAUGACAGCGGAGGAGAAGAUGACAAUGAAGAGGCACUUGUGCCCGGAGAUCUAAAUCAACCUCAACAGAUCGAGGAUAAUCCGACGGUGGCAACAGAGUCCCCUGAGCAGAGAGAAGAGAUGGACAAUGACAAUGCACCCGAUGCAGCGGGAAACGAGUCAGAUGCUGAACAGGGGGAAAGACCUAACAUGGGAAAUGAGCCCAAAGGAGGUGAAACACCUGUUAGUAAAAAAUGACGGAAUUAGAUGAUUGGUGACCUUUCAUGUGUUAAACAUUACGGUAGGUUAAAAAAGAUGUCCUGGAAAUGACAUAAAAGUGGUUUGCCCAGUCAGACUAUGGUAGCCUAGUAGGCUAUACCUGCUUAGGCCCAUCAACUGUACAAGAGCCACACAUAAUGGAGUAAGGGCCCAUGCACAAUGGCAAAACAGUUGAUAAACAACUAUCAUUGUUUAUUUUAUAAUAGGCCUAUAUAGCUUCAUCCUUUGUUUUCCCCGCAAAUUAGUAUUUUAAAUCAUUGGCAGCACAGAGGCAAUAUCAGAACAGGGGCAAGGAGCAAUUCCACAAUCCACAAUGAAGCUGAGGGGCCCCACACAUCUGUAGCCGAGAGGCGCCAGGUAAUCUUAAUCUGGCCCUGACGCUGGUCCCGUUCUAGAACUAUAAGGUGUGGAGUUAGAGACAUAUUUAGUUUUUUGUAAGUCUGUGCAAGAGACAGUGGACCAAACAUGAGCAAUGGCGAUCUGACCCCCGGUUGGCAUGGGCAACUGCAGUCUCUACACCGACAGGAUGAUUGACAUAGUGAAGUCAGAUAAUGUCCUAUGGUGUCUGCCCAAACUCGGGACAAUUCAAAAGCACAUUCUGUCAAUUAUGCUGUGACAUAUCAAUCAAGAUACUGUACUUGUGGACAUCAUGCAACUCCAAACCAAAGAAGUGCCAAGUUUUAAUAUGUUAAACCUGGGGAUAAUAAAAAUGUGAACAUUGAAGGCAGAAAACACUGGUUUGACUGAAUAGGAAAGUGUUAACCACAAUGUAUCAGGGUGUGACAUAUUACUCAUCAUGUAUACAUGAGUAGAAUGUUACUUUGUUAAUUUUAUUACGUUUCUAUGUUUAUUUUAUGUUCUCUUCAGAGAGAGUGGGGAAGUGUGUGAACUGUGUGGUGUGGUGUGUGUGUAUGUGUGCGUGUUGUUGAUUUACAGUAUUAUUUUCAUUACGUUGAACACACUGGUCGUAGUCACUUUUCUUUGUUUUCAGUGAGUGCCUUACUGUAUUCUGAGACUGGUGCGUCUAAAAAAAUAAAUAUACUAAGAAUUCAA